GCCUGCGUCGAAUCGCUGAGCAUCACAAAGUAUCUCACUAUGAUGGAAGCCACAAUCAAGUUUCCGGCUCUGGCUGUAGCUUUGCUCUGCUGUGCAUUAGCAUUCGGCUCGGAUGCCCUCACCAUCGAGCCACGCAGCAGUUGGGGAGCAGUCUCAGCUCGUUCUCCUCUUCGGAUUCGUGGCGCUGUCGACUAUGUGAUUAUCCAUCAUUCCGAUAAUCCCAACGGAUGUACGACAUCGGAACAAUGCAAACGUAUGAUCAAGGCCAUUCAAUCGGAUCACAAGGGUAGACGCAAUUUCAGUGACAUUGGCUACAAUUUCAUUGUGGCCGGCGAUGGCAAAGUGUAUGAGGGUCGUGGCUUCGGUCUGGCCGGUUCCCAUGCCCCCAACUACAAUCGCAAUAGCAUUGGCAUUGUGUUCAUUGGUAACUUUGAGAAUCAAGCCCCAUCGCAGCAAAUGCUCCAGAAUGCCAAGGAUCUGAUUGCAUUGGCCAAACAAGGUGGACAUUUGAAGGAUGAUUACACGCUGCUGGGUCAUCGUCAGACCAAGGCAACAGCCUGUCCCGGUACUGCUCUAUACAAUGAGAUUAAAACGUGGCCAAAGUGGAGGAGUAUUUAGGAUUUAGUUAGAAUUUCCAAUUUGUAUAUUUUAAACAUUUUUGAUGAAAAUCAAUUAGACUAUGGGAAAACCCCAUUAAAUUCCAGUGA